GGGCAGGGUUGCCAAGACGGGCUUUCGUGGUGGGGGCGGACCGUAGAUAAGGCGAGCAGAGCGGGCGAGUUGCUGAGGCCUUUGGUGACUCCGCCGGUGCUGCCUCAGGUAGCAUCUUAAGCAUCCGUUAUCAAAAUGUGGUAUCCUGUGGUAACUCUGGGCCUGUUGGUAGUCCUCACAAGUGCCCGUAACGUUCCCUAUUUCCCUCCCCUCUCUCCUGAGUUAGUGAACUACAUCAACAAGCUCAAUACCACAUGGAAAGCUGGACACAACUUUCGCAGUGCUGACAUGAGUUAUGUAAAGACACUGUGUGGCACCUUCUUGCAUGGCCCCAAACUGCCAGAAAGGUUUGAAUUUGCUGGUGAUUUGGUCUUGCCAGACAGCUUCGACUCAAGGCAACAAUGGCCAAACUGCCCAACCAUUAGUGAGAUCAGAGACCAAGGCUCUUGUGGUUCCUGCUGGGCAUUUGGUGCAGUUGAAGCCAUGUCAGAUCGGGUUUGUGUCCAUACUAAUGGCAAGGUGAAUGUGGAAAUAUCUGCUGAAGAUCUGCUCUCUUGCUGUGGCUUUGAAUGUGGGAUGGGCUGUAAUGGAGGUUACCCUUCAGGAGCAUGGAGAUACUGGACUGAAAAGGGCCUGGUGUCUGGCGGCCUUUAUGACUCACAUGUUGGCUGUAGGCCAUACUCUAUUCCACCCUGUGAGCAUCAUGUCAAUGGGACUCGGCCCCCAUGCACUGGAGAAGGUGGUGAUACCCCUGAAUGUAUCAGAAGAUGUGAAGCUGGUUACUCUCCAUCCUACCAUGAAGACAAACAUUAUGGAAUGUCUUCAUACGGUGUCCCUGGUACUGAGAAAGAAAUAAUGUCUGAGAUUUACAAAAAUGGGCCAGUGGAGGGAGCGUUUACUGUUUAUUCUGACUUCCUCAUGUACAAAUCAGGCGUCUAUCAGCAUGUGUCUGGUGAAGCAGUUGGUGGCCAUGCAAUCCGAAUUCUUGGCUGGGGUGUUGACAGUGGCACGCCUUACUGGUUGGUGGCUAAUUCCUGGAACGUAGACUGGGGUGAAAAUGGCUUGUUCCGAAUCCUUCGUGGGCAAGAUCACUGUGGAAUUGAGUCUGAGGUUGUAGCUGGAAUCCCUCGCACAAGCCAGUACUGGAAGCAGCUGGGAUAAUCCUGCCAGUUGAGUGGCACAUAAUCAUAUUUGUGAAGAUAGAAGACGUGGUUGCAAUCCUGUGCUCUAAGACAUGUUAGAGUUCAGCUUUUUUUAAGCCUUUUUUUUAAAAUGUACAGUACAGAUGUCUCUAGCAGGCUAUAUUUGUGUCUGAAGCCUGAGGCUUUCUAAUUUUUGCUCAAGUUUUCCAUGACUGGCAAGACAGAAUGGCAAGCAAGUUAUUGAGAUGGAACUGGCUGUAUUAAAUGAAGUACCUCUCGUUUAAUCAAAGCACAUUUCUCCAGCAGGACAAGAUUGGAAACAGCCAUCCUGACCCUCUGGUUAAGACGAGGAGGAUGCUGUUUGCAAUGUCAUAACCUUCACAUUGAUGGCGCAAUUCAUCAGAUAGACUUGCAGGAUCAUGGAGUCACAGGGGUGCUGGACUGCUUUGGGUUAAAUCAUUAGUAAACAACAGUAUUGUGCAAAAUGGUAAAGAGGAUUUUCCCUCUCCUGCCCUCCCCUUCCCCUCACACACACACAUUUUCAGGGAAAUAGAAAGGCUGAAAUAGUAGCUUAUUUGCUGCAUAGGUGCUGAGUUCUAUGCCUAAAUUUCAAAGAUAAGAGGAUGUCAUCAUGGUUGGCAGCUGCCCUGAUUCUUCUCUUCGUAAAUUCCUGAUUUCAAUACAUGCUUCAAUAGUGAGAAGACAAAAAAGUAAAGGGUCUUUCUGUUACUGACCAAAUAGUCAAAUAGACAAAACUCCUGAGUCUCUUGUAACUUCAGUUCCUUGAUGAACUUGGCUAUAUGGGAUUAUAGGACCAUCAAGCUUCAAGUUUCUCUUGCAAAUACUGAAUACUUGCAGAAACAGAA